AUGAGAACAAAGAGACUACCGAGCAAACAUGUAGAUUCUUUGAGAAAAAAAUGACUGAACUAGACUUGAAUUUAAAUAUCAUGUAGUUAUGAAUUACGAUUGACAAGUUUAUGAUCUUUUAUGUCUGAAGAUUGGUUUCAUCAAGGUCAAGGCUGUUCAUCUCCCAGGAAGCUCAUUUAAAAUAAAAACAUUCCCUGCUUGAUAUUGGCAGAAACAUGGCAGAGAGGCAGUAUCACCUUAAAUUCGGCGGAAACGCUGCAGCGUCCGUUGACGCUUAUUUGGAGUACAAGAGGAUAGUAGGGGAUGAUGAUGGGGGCAAAUUGUUCACACCUGAAGAAUAUGAAGAAUACAAGAAGAGAGUUCUGCCUCAACGUCUUGAGAACAGAGUCUACACAGCGUGGACAGCACCAAGUGGCAUGGACUGCAAGCUGAUUGGUCCAGAAACACCCUGCUUCUGCACACACAGGUACAGGCAGCACAAGACAGAUUUCCAGACAAUUCCUGCUGAGCGUCCUAUUCUCCUGCCCUGUAAAGUGAAGGGCUGCAAGUGCUCGUCAUAUCACUACGUGCCUCUCAACGGCACUCAGCCCAUACGCUGCAGCUGUAAACAUUUCGCUGAUGACCAUUCUGAAGUGGGAGCAUAUAAGUGUAGAAAAGAUGGCUGUAAGUGUCCAGGGUUUAAAAGCUCCUUUACAUGUGGCUGUGGGGAGCCCACGUAUGUCCACCAUAUGGUCACUGAGACCAAGGAGGAGAGACUGGCCAGGGGUCACCCCGUGGGGGAGGACGUACCCUAUCAGGCCAUGGGGGGCCUCACAGGGUUCUCCUCUCUCAUGGAUGGCUACAUGAGGCUGGACCCCAGUGGCGCAGGUGCCCCUCCCAUUGAGUUCUUGGACCAGCCCAUCACAUCAGCUGACCACCCAUUCCUGAAGGCUAAUGUCCAGUCCAUCAGGGCACACCAGCUGGCCAGGGGGCCCGUAAGGAAAGCGAUACAAGGUGGCAGUGCUGAAGUUGACCAUGACCUUGCUGAGAGGAUGUCUGCCAUGCGAAGGCCUGGGGAAUCGGAUAUGGACUAUUUUGAGAGGAGAUAUCAAGAGAGGCAAAAAGCAGAACGCAUGAAGUCCCGAGGUGCAAUAGCAGCACCCGGCAGCUCAAAGCUACAGACUGGCGUACGGAAAAGUGCAACAGGAUCCAGCAAAGGAAGAGCAGCAUCAGGAGCUAAGUGAGCUCCUCGCAGAUACAGCCAUAAAUAUGCCGUCCACGACUUGAAAGAGAAAAGAUCUGUUCAUAUUUCAGUUCCUCCGGUACUUAGUGUGAUAAUUGGUCUAAGUCUAUUAAGACAUGAAAAACUGGCUUGAUUACUAAUGAGCGAGAGUAACCAUGGCAGAGGGAAAACAUUUACAGUGAUAAUUAGAUGUUAAAAAGUACUAUAUAUUUGUAAAAGAUGGCCAUUAAUUGUGACGUAGUCUCUGAAAGCAGUCUACAUUUAUCCCAUUCCGUCCAGUCCAUAUCUGUGAUUUAGUUCCACAUUGAAUAAACUGUGGAGAAUUUUUUUAUGAAAUUUUUCUUUUUAUGAAACAUUCUGUGGAGCUGGUUAAACAUGCUUUGUUUGCUGUAAUAAACUUGCUCAAUUUGUGUUGUGUA